GGAGAGGGAGAGGGUGGGAGGUUGUGACUACACUGGGGUUGUCUCCGUGUUCUCGCCUCCAGCGGCGCUGCUGUUUCUCCGGGUCGGGGGAGCGGGGCCAGAGUUGACCAGUGACCAGUGACCAGGGCCGGACUGGGCUCAUCUCCCCCUGCCUGGCCUGUGGGAGGGAGGGAGGGAGGGAGGAUGAAGGUGGGCAAGAUCAGGAGGUUCGUGAUGGAGACGGACCGGGCGGAGGACGCGGUGUACAGCAGCGGACAGCUGAUGUCGGGCCGAGUGGUCCUGGAGCUCCGGGCCAGUGUGCGGGUCCAGGCGCUGCUGCUCUGCGCCAAGGGUCUGGCCGCUGUCCACUGGCUGGAGAGCCGCAGUAUCGGCAUGAACACCGUCUACUCCGACUACAGCUCGUAUGAAACCUACUUCAAAGAGAAACAGCACGUCAUCCGAGAUGAUGGAAAUAUCACAGUUCUUCCCGCUGGGCACCACGAGUUCCCUUUUCGCUUCCAGCUGCCAGAAGAGAACCUGGUGACGUCGUUUGAAGGCAAGCACGGCAGCGUGCGGUACUGGGUCAAGGCCAAGCUUCACCGACCUUGGGCCACGGUGAAGAAAAUCAAGCGAGAAUUCACCGUGAUUGAACCCAUUGACAUCAACACGCCCUCAUUGCUGGCUCCACAAGCUGGGACAAAGGAGAAGUUGGCUCAUGUGUGGUACUGCAACCUCGGCCACCUGGCUCUGACUGCAAAGAUUGACCGGAAAGGCUACACACCAGGUGAGGUGAUCCCGAUCUUCGCUGAAGUGGACAAUUGCUGCUCGCGCACGGUCACUCCCAAGGCGGCCAUCAUCCAGAUGCAGACGUUCAGCGCCCGUGGCACGACCAAGCAGAAGAAGUCGGUGGUGGCCACGCUGCACGGCGAGGGGGUGGCCCCGCGGAAAAGGGGCACGUGGCACGGCCGUCCCCUCAAGAUCCCGCCCGUCUCGCCCACUCUCAAGUGCCGUGUGAUCCGUGUGGACUACGCGCUGCGGAUUUACGUUGAGAUCCCAGGAAUGUCCAAGCUGUCGUUGGAGCUGCCUCUGGUCAUCGGCACCAUCCCGCUACAUCCGUUCGGAAGCCGCUCGUCCAGCGUGGGAAGCCAGUACAGCAUGGACAUAGACUGGCUGCGUCUCACCCUCCCAGAGAGACCUGAACCUCCUCCUGACUACCUGGAGGUGGUUUCUGAGGAAGAUGCCAGCCAGUCCGACCAACGCAUGUCUGUUCCCGAGAGCCUGGAGGAGCACGGGGGAAUGUUGGAGCAUCCCUUCUUUGUCUACGUGCAGGAGUUCCGAAACCGCCCUCCGCCCAUUUACUCUGAGAUUGACCCCCACCCCCAGAGAUCGGAGAUGCGUCGGAGAUGCAUGACCUGCUGAAGACUUCUCUGCGUGACUUUGGGCAGGAAAA